UUGAUGGGUCACAUACAGGAAAAGGCAGAGAGAAAAAAACAAAUAGGAUUUUGAUAGGAAUAAUAUGGAUAGAACGGACUUUUUCAUUUGCGGAUCACAAGAAGAGCAUUUAAAUGACAGAUUCGAUAGUUACAGUAUCACUUUAUAAAAGUAUUAAUUUUACGUAGAUAUACAAGCAGACAUGUUUACAGCAACGAGGUAAUAAACCGGAGCCAUGGAGACGAAUUUGCAGAAAAGACGUGAGAAUAAAAAGUCUCUACGCGUAAAAGUGAUCAGUCUAGGCAAUGCGGAGGUGGGAAAGAGCUGCAUUAUUAAGCGCUACUGUGAGAAGAGGUUUGUCCCCAAGUAUCUUGCUACAAUUGGAAUUGACUAUGGUGUAACGAAGGUCCAAGUGCGAGAGAGAGAAAUCAAAGUGAACAUUUUUGAUAUGGCAGGACACCCUUUCUUUUAUGAGGUGCGGAACGAGUUCUAUAAGGACUCUCAAGGGGUGAUCCUGGUUUAUGAUGUGGGCUCAAAAGAAAGUUUUGAUUCCCUGGACAGUUGGUUGGGUGAGAUGAAGCAGGAGCUAGGUUCACACGCCAAUAUGGAGAACAUUGUUUUUGUUGUGUGUGCCAACAAGGUUGACCUGACGAAGCGCCGUGUGGUGGAUGAGAGUGAAGGACGAUUGUGGGCAGAGAGUCGGGGCUUCCAUUACUUUGAGACUUCAGCACAGAGUGGAGAGGGAAUUAGUGAGAUGUUCCAGGCUUUUUUUUCCUCAAUCGUGGACAUGUGUGAAAAUGGGGGCCGGCGACCAGUAUCUGGGGUCAACGUGGGGUUCACCCGGGAGCAAGCUGACACCAUUCGCAGAAUUCGCAGCAGUAAGGACAGCUGGGACAUGUUGGGUGUCAAGCCAGGGGCCACACGGGAGGAGGUUAAUAAAGCAUACAGGAAGCUCGCUGUGCUGCUGCAUCCUGACAAAUGUGUGGCGCCAGGGAGUGAGGAUGCAUUCAAGGCUGUGGUUAAUGCCCGUACCUCACUGCUGAAGAAUAUCAAGUAGGGGCUUCCCGAUCUCUGCCUAAUUCCUGUUUCUUACAAUAGCCUUCAAUUACAGUCUCUGUCUUGAGGUACGAACUUGUUUGACACCUUUAAGAUGAGAACAGGAUUUAAACUGACGGAACAAGAUGGAAUCAGCAAUUCCUGCAUACAGCUCCACCAUGAAUGAUAGAUGUUCUUUGUUAAUGUGCCAUAAGAAAUCUCUGUUUUGGUAUUUUUGGAAAGCAGGAAUUAGAUUCCUAAUUAAUUUCUAAAAUGCUUUUCAUACAGGUACGUUUAGUUAUUUCAAUGUAACGUAAUGACUGGUUCAUAAAGGGAAAAUCUCUCUCUUGUUACUCUGUUCUCUUAUGUGGUGUAUUUUUCUCGUUUGACAAUUCAAAUGUUUUAAUGCCUCUUUAUUUUUAAUGUUGUGUAGCCACCUUUGUAGGAAGAAACAUUGCAGGAAGAAAUACAGAUAUAAUAAAGAAUAUUUAAAAUGUU